AGUGCCUAAACUUUGAGGAUGAGGUCAUCGUAACUUAUCGCAACCAUUUACCGGACAUAGUUUGCGGCUGUACUUUUAAUUGCUUAACCGGCAUUGGAUUUGUAUCCAUUAAUUCCAUCCAGUACGAGAAAAGAAAAUAAGGAACGAACCAGCCGAACCUUAAGUUAUCUAGGGCCAGGUUGGGGUCAACACAACCUUAUUCAUACCUGGGACCCAUGCGGAUGCGGUCAAUUCUUAACUAGCACCAUUCCCAUCUCAUCCUUACCAUCUUUACCUUUUACUACUCUGUCUUGUUUCAUUCCCUCACGGCGAAGUCUUUCUUUUUUCAAGGGUCUUGUGUACGUAGUAGCAUGGAAACUUCAAUCUCACCUGCAUUACUGCAUCGAUCAACCAUAUCGCGAUCUCCUUGUACAUACAGCCAUCAAAGCCACGUCCACAUCUAUCCCUCGAUAUUUCGAGAAUUCCGAGUUUCUCUAUUCCCAGCGGAUGAGCUACAAGUCCCUCUUAAUCCUAUCAACUAUGACCUCUAGCAACUGAACAACGAAACAAACCAACUUCAAAUCGGAGGUCCGACACUUCGAGCCUUAUUAUUUAUACAUAUACCUAACUGCCCAGGUACCUAGUUUACGUGUGGUACGAAUAUUCGCCGAGCGAAUGACCGCCCAGAGAAGUAUCCGUCGGGUUUCUAUAUCAUCUAUCCUAGACCGACUACAUACACGAUAAGACCUGCGGGCGCUCGCCUUUGACAAUGGCAUUCCUCGAAGACCCUCGUCUACGACAGCGAUGGAACCAGAUCUCGCACACCACCGAGUCAGUCACCGAGAAUGCCGCUGCUGGUAUCUGGAGCUUCGGACAUACCUACGUCACACCUUGCCUCUCCUCCAUCACAUCGGCGUUGGAAGGCUGCUCGACAGUGUGCCUCGGUGACCGCGAAGAACGGGCGCGAAGAGCAAGGGAGCGGCAGCGGGCGCAAGGGAGGGCCGAAUAUAGCUUCGACUUCUAUGACGACUGGGAUGAGGAAUUAGGUGUCGGGGAUGACGGAGGAGGGCUACUCGGUGGUUGGCAUAGUGAAGACUGGGAUCGACUGCUCGCGGGUACUGGAAAGAGACGGUCUGGAGGCGACGUCCAGGAACAGCCUAAGAGAAAGCGUGGAAUGAGUUACGGGACGAGAGGACCGCGUAGGAGGGCCAGCAACCAGGAUGAUCCGACUAUUAUCCCAAGCACCGCGCCCUUAGGCUUUUUGGGUCGUCUGCCAUUCAAAAUUGGGGGGACCUUGAGAUACAAACCUAGUGCGGCAAAUCUACAGGAACAUCCCGGGGCAUCGAGAACGACAUUAGAAACUGAACGCGAACCAUUAUUGGGUAGCGGUGAAGGCGCAACACACCUUGACGAAUCGCCGACGCACAGUAGAAAACGGAGCGGAACGGUAGGCAGUGGAGAUACUAGUGACUCGUACAGGUCGAGAGGCGAUCUCUUCCCAAGCGACGAUGAAGGAGAGGAGGACGCGAUCCCAUUAGACGACGAAUUCACCAUUGCGCUAGAACACGUAGACGAUCGCUCGAGUAAUAAAACCAGGAGUAGCAAGGGAAAGCGGAUUGCAGGUCGUGCAAUACCCAGGAGCGUUUCAAGGACGACGAUAAAUUCGACAAGGCCGUCAUUGCGUCCUAGCUUAGGCUCAGGGUCAAUCCCUCCAGAAAGCCCAGCAUUACUUUCGACACCAUCACUUGAGGACUUGCGACUAGAAGAAGAACGGAUGGAACGAGAAGAAGAUGAAGUGUUGGAGAAAAAGAGACACGCAGCCGCGGAAUUGGCACUUCGACGUGGGCUAAGUCGAGAAAAUCUCCAGAUAGAAUCUGUCCGCGAGGCGAAAUCGGAAAUGGUCAAGGUGGAAAAAGUACCAGUGCCGGAAGAGGUCGUCUUAGAUGAAGACACAGAUGACGAGCAAGCUGAGACUAGAACUAGGUCCGCGAUAGGGGAGCAUCGCCAAUCACCAACACCAACACCAGCAUCGGCGCCGGCGCCAUUAUCAGCCACCCCAAAGCUGACGGAUCCGCCAGAAGGAGACUUCGUACCCGCACGAUUACCAUAUUUCCGAUGAUCACGGCUUGUAUGUGUUAUUGAGUCACGGCUUUAGUUCGAAUGAUUGUUAUUUAUAGUACACAUGCUGUAUCUAGCGUUGCUUUAUACCGGUCCAAGGUCUGGAUUAGGAAUAGACCUAAACGUAGCAGGUGUCAACGUCGUCCACGAUGGAUUAUGGAGUUUUUUGGGGUGUACGAUCCAAUAACACAUGAAUGAACGAACGACGUCGAUGAUACAGGAGACUGCCGGUAAAUUUCUGGCAAGCAGAUUAUCCUACUGGAUAAUUCGUAAUUCGUGUACUUUUAUAAAGUCCAGAGAUACUUUUAGGGAUGAUAGGUCUGAAGACGUGAUAGAGAUCUUAUAGAUCACGCAAAGAUUCAGUGGCCCUCCAGUUUUGAAUAAGCGAGUUACUUGUUAUAGUACUAUAUUGGGAUUAUAGGAGUUUGAGCUCUACAAUGGUCGUUAUUCAGAACUUAGAAAUGCUUUCAACUAUGGAUGCAUUAAGGUUCAUAUCUAUGGUAAAUAUCUUCCAGUCGCUACUCAGUGGUAUAAGCAGUAUAUUACCUCCCGAAUAGAUGAGAUAAUGGCCAGCCUAGAAUGUC